CGCGGCGCCGAGCCCUGCGCCCCCUCCCGCCGCCGCCUCCACGCCGCUCCGCUCCGACGGCUCCAAGACCUUCCCACCACGCCGGCAAAAGCUAACGCUUUACAGGACCGCCAUGGGGGAGCCGAGCAAGGAGCUCCUGGACCUCCCCUCCGAGACCAGGACACCCUCCUCCUUCAUCGAGUCGCUUCUUGCGAGAAGAGAGCAGCAGCAGCAGCAGCAGCAGCAGGACAAGGAGGGGAAGCGCAACCCGAGUCCUCCGGCCGAUGCCCUCCCCAAGAGCCAAGUUCUCGGGAAAGUGAAGGAUUUCUUGGGGGAGAUUGCAAAGGCGAACGAUAAGUUGCAGCUCGAUGCGCAGAACAAGCCUCCGGAGGAGUAUGAUAUCGAAGCCCUUACCGGGAACGAAAAGGAAUAUAUUGAGAUGGAUUUGCUUCUUGGGGUUGCUGAUCUUCAUUCGGAGCAAGCUGUGGAGGCAGCUGAAGCAACAAUGAACGGCUUCCCACCUUCAGGGAAGUCAUUUGCUUGCAGCUCAUCUGACUCGGAAGAUGAUAGUGAUGACAGUGAUGAAGGUGGUGGUCAUGAACCUAUCGUGUCUGACAAAGAUAAAUGUAAAGGUCCAGAUGAAGCGCAGGCGGGUCCAGCUGAAGGAAAGAAGCCCAAUAAAAGACAGAAGAUUGUUGUCCUUAACUAGGAUCCUUGUCUUUCGAAAACGAGGGCAGGUGUUGUGCUCUUUCAGAAAGAAAGUGCAAGGAUAAUGUGUCCGAGGCCUGGCAUUAUCAGGGUGGCUAGAAGAACGACACCCAAAUAUCAGAAUUACCUACUUCAGUGUUGAAUAAUGUUCAGGUUAACUUGGAUAGCUUUCAUAGGGGCUUAAUGAUGUGCAAGGCCCCCCACUCCGGUACUACAAUGCCUAGUUCGUUUCAAAAAAAAAAGGUAAUACAAUGCCUAGCAAUGUUUGCCUCUUCUGGAAUUGUGUGUGCUUC